CCAUCCAGUGUUUAUGCUGUCCCAGAUCCUCCAGAAGAUCAGGGAGGGGAGAGCAAGGAGAUUUGUAAACCUGUUAAACCUUCCUAAAUAAAUAGUUAGAGAAGAUUGUGAGGGGCCGUGGAGGGAACAUCUGUCCCUACAGUGGUGCUACCAUCAAAGGGCCUGGGAGAAGCUCUGUUCAGCACCUUGGAGUCUACAGGCAGAAGGAGACUCGCAGCACUUGGAGCCCUGUCCCUGGAAGCACAGCACUGUUCCUCGCAUGCAGAAAAGGAAAUUGGAACGAAUGUGGAUUUGUCCCUAUUCCACAGCCAGCAGGGAAGAGUGCAUCAGUCCCGCUGUGUCUGAGGCUAUUGUACCCAUCAAAGGGUAGAGCACAAGUCAGAGGUGCAGGGCGCCCAAACACAAGAGACUCAACGCUCUUGUCAACCCAUGCCACCUACCUGCAGAGAUCAAGAAAGCUUUCAACGCCUCCAUCGCAAGACAGGAGUGCACCUCCUUUCCUGGUGAGUGCCCAGAACACAUCCGUCAGUUUUCACCAAGAAGGUUGGUGGUGAUUGGACGUCUAACAUAGUGAAUGCCAGUGAAAAUGAGGUAGGAGCAGAGGCUAAAUUAUGGAAAGAACAAGUUAAAAAUUACUUACUCAAGUUAGGUGUCUUCAAGUCACCAGGGCCUGAUGAAAUACAUCCUAGAAUACUCAAGGAGCUGACUGCAGAGAUAUCGGAGCCACUAAUGAUUAUCUUCAAAAAGUCAUGGAAGACGGCAGAUGGGAACAUGAGUGAGAAGGAGGUGGAGAGCCCUCUGCAGGGAUGUCCUGAGGAAGGGAGUAGACCCAAAGGGUACAUCCCCCGGGAAGUGGGCUCAGAGAGUCCUGGCGGGUCAGAGUUGCUGGGGGGCAAUGACAGAGAGCAGCAGCCGCUGGGCAGAUCCCCGCCCUGGGAGAGAGGGCUCCAAUCCAAGGAGAAACGCUACAACUGCACUGACUGCAACAAGAGCUUCAGCCAGAGCUCCCACCUCAUCCGGCACCAGGGCACCCACACGGGCGAGCGCCCCUACAAGUGCUCUGACUGUGGGAAGAGCUUCACCCAGAACUCCAACCUCGCCCAGCACCAGCGGGUGCACACAGGCGAGCGCCCCUACCAGUGCCUCGACUGUGACAAAAGCUUCACCCAGAGCUCCCACCUGACGGAGCACCAGCGUGUGCACCAGGGUGUCAAGCCCUACAAGUGCACCAACUGCAACAAGAGCUUCAGCCAGAGCUCCCACCUCCUGCGCCACCAGGGCACCCACACGGGCGAGCGCCCCUACAAGUGCCCUGACUGCGGGAAGAGCUUCAGCCAGAACUCCAACCUCGUGCAACACCAGCGCAUCCACACGGGCGAGCGCCCCUACAAGUGCGGAGAGUGUGGGAAGAGCUUCAGCUGGAGCUCCAACCUCAUUGAGCACCAGCGCGUGCACACAGGCGAGCGGCCAGACAAGUGUCCCGACUGUGGGAAGAGCUUCACCCGCAGCUCUGCGCUCAUCCAGCACCGGCGCAUCCACAAGGGGCUGAGACCCUACAAGUGCACACAGUGCGGGAAGAGCUUCAACAAGAGCUCCCACCUCAUCCGGCACCAGGGCACCCAUGCCGCUGGAGAGUUGGCCUGCACGUGUACCAGCUGUGGGAAGAGCUUUACCCAGAGCAUCCAGCAGAGGCCACGACCACAUCACUGUGCUGACUGUGAGACACGCUUCUCCCGCAUUGCCGGCAGCCAGCCACGAGCUGAUGUGGCAGUGAAGCCCUACAAGUGUGGGGAGUGUGGUAGAAGCUUCGGGCGCAGCUCGUAUCUGGUGCAGCACCAGCGCAUUCACACGGGUGACAGACCCUACAAGUGCGGGGACUGUGGAAAGGGGUUUGGGGUCAGUGCCCACCUCACCCGGCACCAGCUCAGCCAUGCAGGUGACCAGCCCUACCGAUGUCCCCAGUGCGGAAAGACCUUUGGGGAGAGCGCAAAGCUGUUGAGCCACCGGCUGAGCCACGCGGGCGAGCGCCCCUACCAGUGCCCUGACUGCGAGAAGAGCUUCUGCAAAAGCUCCCACCUGGUCAGCCACCAGCGCACCCACACUGGAGAGCGGCCCUACCGCUGCACCAUCUGUGACAAGAGCUUCUGCCAGAGCUCCCACCUCAUCCGGCACCAGGGCACCCACACAGGUGAGCGCCCCUACAAGUGCUCUGACUGCGGGAAGAGCUUCACCCAGAGCUCCAACCUUGCCCAGCACCAGCGCAUCCACACGGGGGAGCGCCCCUACCAAUGCAGUGACUGUGGGAAGAGCUUCAGCUGGAGCUCCAACCUCAUAGAGCACCAGAGAACCCACCUAGCACAGAAACCCUGAACAUGGGCCGGGCCAACGUGUCUGUUUCCUGAGCAAGCUCCCAACGCUGCAGUAAACAGCAUGGGGCCAGCAAGACACUUAAUAGGGGAGAAAUUACUGAGUGUACAAUGCCAAAGACUAGAAACCCUCCCCAGGAGUUAGACUUCUUCAUACUGCCAGCAGCGGCUGCCUGCCCCAGCCUCGCCUGUUGCAAUAUCCAGGAGAUGAUCCCACUUGCCACAAGAGCUAAGGAACCUGUAAUAAGGCAAGUCUAAGGGGGUCUAACUUAUGCAUUCUUUCAACCUCAUAUGGACAGGCUGUCUACAUAGACAGUGGGAGACAGAAUGCAGGCCAUUUCAGUCCCAUGGGCAGCUCCCUAGCAUUUGUUCCCUCUUUUUGUCUGUUCUGGCCAGACUCCAUCCCAGGAUUUUAGUUCCUCUUGGAUACCUAGAUUUUAGUCCCAUUUUUUUAAAUUUUCUUUUAAUACUGUUAUUAAUAUUUAAGAUUUAAUAUCUGUUAUUUCCUGUUGUAUUGCAGUGUCUCUCCAUAUGAAAUAAAACCUGCUCCAGCAUA